UUGACCCCUCUGGGUUUCUGUAGUUGUGAGGCUCGGCGCGCGACGCAGCGGUUUGGUGGGAGAUUUGUACCUCUUCAGGGAAGUGAGUUACAUUUUUAAUGAAAAAUGGCUCUGAACUACCAGGCAUCUACCCUCUCUCUCACUUUGCCAAUUUCCUGCCAGAUAUGCCUCGGAAAGGUUAGGCAGCCGGUUAUUUGUUCCAACCACCACGUGUUCUGUUCAUCCUGCAUGGAAAUGUGGUUAAAGAAAGCUAACCAGUGUCCCACCUGCAGAGUCCCCAUCACAACAGAGAACCCCUGCAGGGAAAUCAUCGGAGGAACAAAUGAGGGUGAUCACAGUGAUAGUCCUUCUGUGAGAAAAUGUCUCAGAAAAACGAGAGGGGAAUUAAUUUUACGCGAGUAUGAGGAGGAAAUUGAAGGGCUCAUGAGAGAAAACGAGGAGCUGAAAACCAAAAAUCAAAGCUUGGAGGAGCAACUGAAGACUGCUUUGGAUCCCUGCAGCAUUAAUAUAGUGCAACUGGAUGAACAAAGGGUCGCUCCAUUUGUCCUGGAGGAGUGGACAAACAAGCUGCGAGCAGCCACAGAUGUCUGUGAUAAAGUAAAGAAAGACAUGGAUAAGCUCAAAGAGGCAAAUAAGACAUUGCGGUCUCAAAAUGUCGACCUUGUGCAAGAAAACAUGAGACUGAAAGCAGAGGUGGCUAGCAGAUCUCCUCAGAAGUUUGGCCGAUACACAGUCGCAGCACUGGAAGCUAAAAUUCAGCAGUAUCAGCGCGAUGUGGACCACUUGAAAAGGGCUCUUGAGCGCAGUGACCAGUACAUUGAUGAGCUGGAGAGUCGGAUCAGGGUGUCUGAGAAGAAAUCUCUUGAAGUGCAGGAAGCGUGUGGGAGUUGCAAGGCUGCUAAGGAAACUCUCACAAAGCAGCAGAAAGUCAACAUGAUGAUGAGAAGCUUGAGUGACAAUGAGAGGAAGUUGAUCUGCAGCAAUCCAGAGGCAGAAUGUGGCACAUUUUCUAGAAAUCACAGUUUGAUGUUGAUGCCAUCCGCAGAUCACAAAGAUUUCAGUAAAAAUCUGACAGGAAAGCAGAAAAACGAGGCCUCGGAAGGCACCUCCUCUGACUUUUUGCCCAGUACUCCAUCAUCUGCUUUCCGCUCCCUGACUCUGAGAAGCCCAGGCAUCCGUGAGAAGAAAGUUGCAUUUAAACCUGGGUCUUAUCUAAGGAGGCUUGAUUUUGAAGAGGUUCCCAGUCCUGAUAAGAGCAGUACCACACUGGAGAACCAAUUCAACAGUGUUGAGAAAUUCCCCAAAGGCUUGCCUCCAAAUGACUUGGAGCCCUCAAAGUCUGUCUUCUGGGCAGGCUGGGACAAAUCCAACUCUGACCAGUCAUGUACAGGUUCAAGUAAAGGAAGCUCUAUCAAGGGAUCCACUAAUUUUGUGGUUGAUGAGUCAGAUAGUUUCCACAUGUCCAGUGAGGCCUGUAUGGAUGUGGCCUACCUGAACAAAAUCUCAGAGUUGGACUCCAUGAUGCUGGAGGGUGAGAGUUCCUGUAGUCCAGGGCUCUCUGUUGAUUCCUGUCUUUCCACAGAUAUGGACAACACCCUAGUUCCAGAGCCUCAAACAUUCCCUAAUGCCUUGUCAAGCCAUGCUGGUAAACCAGUGACGCACAACAAGCAUAACAAUCACCAACCUUGUGACAAUAAGGAGAGCAUCUUGAACGACAAAGAAACUCCAAAAGGUUCAGCAGAAGAAGGUUGUGCUGCAUUAGUCUCUGGUAGGAAGAGUGGCGUCUGUGGAGGGGCCUCUCACACCGAAGAGCUAUCUUUUGAUUUGCUGUUUGAUCCUUCGGAUGAGAAUAAGGCCGGUCCCUCUGGCUUUCCAGCAAGCCAAGAUCAUGAUCUUGUAAACCCCUCCUCUUCCUCCUCUGGCUACACUGCUGGUCAGCCUGUGAGCACAACAAGAGACAGACACACGCUGAACAGCAGUCAGCCAAUAAAGAGAAAGUCCCACAGUCCCUUUACCAUAAGCAGUCCCACCAAACAUUCAAAGCUCAUGUGAAAAAUGUUAAAACAAACAUGUGUUCCUGGUGCACUACUCUUGGUACAGUGUUAUGGUGAUUGUGUGAUGCUAGGGUGUAACUUAUUGUUAUUUGUCUCUUGUAAUAUUACAAGAAUUAAGCUAAAACGAGAUAGGAAUGUCAUAGUUUUUGUGCAGUGUGCUUGUAGGCCUCAUUAGUGAUGUGCUAAUGCACACUGAUCACACUGGUGAUCGCAUUGUAGUCCUAACCCAUGCUGUUUUGUUCUACUGUAGUUGGGGCUGAGACAUUUUCCAAGUAUACCUUCAGCCUUGUUUUCUGUAUUCUGCUAAUGUGGUCUUUGGACUUUCUAAUGGCUUGUAAUACUGAAGACAGAUGAAUAUGACUGUCAUUAAAAAUUGCUGAAUUAGUAGUUGUAAUGUAUAUUAGGAAAUGAAACGGGAAUGCAUUAAAUAGUCAAAAAAUUAUGAAAAUUAA